AUGUCUGCAUUAUUAUCAGUUGUCAUCAUCAUUAUCGUCCUCGCCACCUUCUCCCAUCCUCCAUCAAUGGCGGAGCCACAUGAUCUGCACGUGCUAAACGCCCUCCGAGACUCAAUCAUAAACAAAACCACCUCCCUCCCGAGCUGGUCCGGUCCAAACCGCUCCAACCACCCGUGCAACUGGACCGGAGUCACAUGCUCCCCCGACACCCUCACAGUCACCCACCUCCACCUCUCCUCACUAUGCUCCCUCUCCCCUCUCAACACCCCAUUCCCUCUCCUCAUCCCCCACCUCAAAUCCCUCCAACACCUCAACCUCAGCUGCUGCGCCCUCACCGGCCCAAUCCCCCCGGAUUUCUGGAACCUCCACCAGCUCCGCGUCGUAGACCUCAGCAGCAACAGGCUGUCGGGAGCCAUCCCUCCCGACCUAGGCGGAUUGAACCAACUCGAACACCUCAUUCUCGACGACAAUAUGUUCUCAGAAACACUCCCUUCUGAAAUCGGAAACCUGAAACAACUCGAGGAACUCUCAAUGAGGUCGAAUUCAUUCUCCGGGAAUCUCCCUCUCCAGCUAGGGAAUCUCCCGCUGCUGCAGUCACUCGACAUCAGCGAGAAUCUCUUCUCCGGGAAUCUCCCUUUCAGCUUUGCCAAUCUCACGAAUCUUUUAUAUUUCACAGCCAGAGGAAACAUGCUUUCUGGAGAUUUAUUUCAGGUGAUUGUGAGAAUGAAAAAGCUUCACAUUCUCGAUCUUUCAUUCAAUCCGAUCGCCGGAGCUAUCCCGUCCCUCAUCGGAGAUUUAAAAGACCUCAGAAUCCUCUCCCUUCAGCAUUGCCAGUUGACAGGAAGCAUCCCUGAGAGAAUCUCGGGUUUGACCAAUUUGACACAGCUGAAUUUAGCCCAAAACGACUUCGAUUCUGAGCUGCCUUCCGGCAUCGGAAGGCUGCAGAAUCUUAUCUAUCUCAUCGCGUCAAACGCAAAAGUGAGAGGCGAGAUACCCACGGAGAUCGGAGGGUGUAAAAACCUCAGAACACUAGAUCUUUCUUUCAAUUCACUCCAUGGCCAUUUACCUGGAGAGCUUGCAGAGCUAGGGUUUCUCAGCUCAGUCCUUCUGAACUCGAACCGCCUCUCCGGCUCAAUCCGGCCGUGGAUAUCGAACUGGAAGCGGGCCGAGUCUGUCAUGCUAUCGCAGAACUUCUUCAGCGGCUCUCUGCCUAAUUUAGACCUCCCGUCUCUUCUGCAUUUCGACGCUAGCGCGAACAUGCUCAGCGGAGAGCUCCCCGCAGAUGUAUGCGAAUCAGCGUCUUCUCUGAAGACGCUGAUUCUGUCUAGCAAUUCCAUCUCUGGCAGUAUCAGUGACCGGUUCAGGAACUGCACCAGCCUGACGGAUAUGAUAUUGUCAGAGAAUAAUCUCAGCGGUGAGCUCCCGCCUUAUUUUGGGAAGCUUCCUCUCAUCACUUUAGAGAUGGCGAUGAACCGGCUUUCUGGCUUCAUCCCUGAUCAGAUUUGGGGGUCCCAGACGCUGGUGGCGAUCUCGUUGAACAAUAACACGAUUCGGGGGUUGCUAUCGAAUGUUGUUGGCGAUGCCAGAUCGCUGCGAAGGCUGCAGCUGGAUAAUAAUUUGUUGAAUGGGAGCAUUCCCUCUAGCAUUGGGAGGCUUAGGAAUCUCACCAAUUUGUCCCUACAUGGGAAUAAAUUGAGUGGUGGGAUUCCAUCUGAGAUUUUCAACUGCAAAAUGCUUGUUUCUUUGGAUUUAGGUGGGAAUGCCUUAACUGGAGAGAUCCCUAAAGAUAUAUCUAAGCUGAAUCUACUUGACAAUUUGGUUCUCUCACAUAAUCAGCUCACUGGGGUAAUACCUGAGGAGAUAUGUUCCGGCUUCCAGAAGGUUCCGUUGCCGGACUCUGAGUACACGCAGCAUUACGGGAUGCUAGAUCUCUCGUACAACGCGUUACAAGGGACGAUUCCUUCGACUAUCCGAGACUGCGCUGUGGCAACAGAGAUUCUGUUACAAGGGAACAGGCUUAGCGGAACCAUACCUGAAGAAAUAUGGUCAUUGCCUAAUUUGACCCUUCUUGAUCUCUCAUUCAAUUCUCUCUCCACUUUGGUAGCUCCUCCCUCUCUGAACUCUCUCAGCCUUCAAGGCCUUCUGUUGUCGAAUAACAAGCUCCGAGGCUCCAUUCCGGGUGAUAUUUGGCAGGAGCUACCCAGUUUAACGAAGCUUGAUUUAUCGAGGAACUUUCUUAUUGAUUCAAUUCCAACUUCACUAUUCCAAGCCAAGAAUCUGGCCUAUUUGGAUGUGAGCAUGAAUUUUCUCACAGGCAAACUCAAUGUGAGCACAAGAACUCUCUCUUUAUUAGUGGUGAAUGUGAGCAACAAUCAUAUCUCCGGCCGCCUCGACGAUAGCUCAGUCACGAACCUACCAUCGGUCUCGGUGUUGGAUCUCCACAGCAACGGCUUCUCCGGGAGCCUGCCCCCGUCUCUCUCGACGCUCGAGGCCCUCACUUACCUCGACUUGUCAGGAAAUCACUUCCAAGAUUCUUUCCCUUGCAACAUAUGUUCGAUCGCAGGGCUGAGAUACACCAGCUUCUCCGGCAACGCCUUCUCCGGUGAAAACAAUCCUAUUUCAUGUGAGGAUGAAAAUCAAUGCGAUGAUUACAAGAGCAUGCCGCCCUUUCUCUCUGCUAGAUUUGGUAUACUCUCAGCAAUCGGCGUUGCCGUUGCUGUUGCGGCGGUUGUGUUGGUUGUAACGGUGGCGGUGCACAUGAAGAGCGGAGAUCAGAGGCAAAAGGUUAUAAUUCUGGGGAGAACGGUGGAGCCGGAGAAGAAGAAGAUGAAGGAGCCUUUGAGCAUCAACAUUGCUACAUUUGAGCACCCCCUGAUGAGGUUGAAUGCCGCGGAUAUUUCUGUUGCGACGGAGAACUUCAGCCCGAGCUACGUGAUCGGGGACGGAGGAUCCGGCACGGUGUACAAAGCCUCGUUGCCGGGACGGCCCCCUGUUGCCAUUAAGAGGCUCAAGAGAGGCCACCUCCCGCAAGGCGACCGCGAGUUCCUCGCCGAAAUGGAGACCAUUGGAAAGGUGAAGCACGAAAACCUCGUCCCAUUGCUGGGAUACUGCGUCGUAUCGGACGAGAGGUUCCUGAUAUACGAGUACAUGGAGCGAGGGAGCCUCGACUUCUGGAUACUGAGCCAAGAGCUAGACUGGCCGACGCGGUUCAAGAUCUGCAAGGGCGCAGCCAAAGGGCUGGUGUUUCUGCACCACGGCUUCGUCCCGCACAUCAUCCACCGAGACAUCAAGUCGGGCAACAUCCUCCUGGACCGCGACUUCAACCCCCGCGUGUCGGACUUCGGGCUGGCGAGGAUCAUAAGCGCGAGCGAGAGCCACGUGUCGACCAUGCUGGCGGGCACGCUGGGGUACAUACCGCCCGAGUACGGGCAGGCGAUGGUGGCGACGAAGAAGGGGGACGUGUACAGCUUCGGGGUGGUGAUGCUGGAGCUGCUGACGGGGCGGGCCCCGACCGGGCAGGGGGACGGGGAGGGGGGGAACCUGGUGGGGUGGGUGGGGUACGUGGCGGGGGAGGGGAGGGAGUGGGAGGUGUUUGAUCCGUGCUUGGGGGGCGUGGCGGGGUGGCAGAGGCAGAUGUUUGCUGUGCUGAGGAUUGCGAGGGUUUGCACGAGUGAGGAGCCGUGGAAGAGGCCUUCCAUGCUUGAGCUUGUCAAGAUGUUGGAUGACGAGGAUUAUUGA